AUGAUUGGUAUAGUGGCCGUGGCGGAAGGAGAGAAUUCUGUGGCGGCGGUUGGCGUCGGCCUCGCCGUGAAUAGCAAGGUUUAUCCAAGUCCGGGGGCGGCGCGGGGCGUCUGGGCGCUUCCGCAGCCGCCCCCAUGCAACAUGGCGGCCGAAGAGGCUCUGCCACCGUGUUCGCCAUUGUCUCCAGAUACACCAGCUGCUCCACCUCGAAUCACAGCCAAUUUUAACCACCUUUCCGAUCUUCAUCAUCUGAUUUUCGAGGCUGUGCGAUCUGGCGAAGUAUCGGAAAUCGAAAAUCUGGUAGAGAAAUUAGGAGUGGAGGUGUUAAGCGCUCGCGACCAGCACGGCUACACACCAGCUCACUGGGCAGCUUUAGAUGGAAGCGUUGCUGUUAUGCGAUACCUGGUGGAGCGCGGAGCCCCUAUCGAUCUUUCAUGUUUAGGGACACAGGGACCAAGACCUAUUCAUUGGGCUUGUCGCAAGGGACACGCAUCUGUUGUGCAAGUGCUGUUACAGUCUGGUGUCGCAGUAAAUGCAGCAGAUUUCAAGGGACUAACUCCUCUAAUGACAGCAUGUAUGUACGGAAAAACUGCUACGGCGGCAUAUCUUCUUGGCAUGGGGGCAGCUACCAGGCUGUCAGACAUCAAUGGAGAUACCGCCAUGCAUUGGGCUGCAUACAAGGGACAUGCGGAUUUAGUGCGCUUGUUGAUUUACUCAGGCGUUCCCUUGCAUUGUACAGAUAACUUUGGUUCUACUCCCCUCCAUUUGGCUUGCCUAUCUGGGAAUCUCACUUGUGUCAGACUACUUUGUGAAAAGGUGAAGGCGGAAUUAGAACCCCGCGAUAAAAAUGGAAAGACGCCAUUAAUGCUCGCGCAAAGUCAUCGUCACGCUGAGGUUGUAAAAUUGUUACAAAAGGAAAUGAAGAGAAAGUCCCACUGGAUGCCCCCACUCUCCGAACUCUGGGCUCUGUUAUUUGGGGGUGCUGGAGACUCGAAAGGGCCGCUUUUGUUCUUUUUGGUCUCGGUUCUAUUGUGGGGAUAUCCAAUGUACAUAAUUAGGUGCAUUCCUUUGACCUGGAACACGUUACGUCUUUCUCAUUACUUCUUCCUCUACUGGAACGCCAUAAUGUGGAUAAGUUGGGUGAUAGCCAACCGACGUGAUCCCGGCUAUAUCCCGCAGAACUCCGAAACAUAUUACCGCGCUAUACGACAGAUACCGUACUACGACAAAUGGAAGAAGAGAAAUGUCAUCUUGUCACGUUUGUGUCACACUUGUAGAUGCUUGAGACCUCUAAGAGCAAAACACUGUCGCAUCUGCAAGCGAUGCGUGGCGUACUUCGAUCAUCACUGCCCAUUUAUAUACAAUUGCAUUGGCGUGCGGAAUCGUAUGUGGUUCUUCUUGUUCGUGAUGAGCGUCGCUAUCAACUGCACCCUAUCAAUAUAUUUUGCUUGCUAUUGCCUUUUUUUGGAGGGAUUUGGACUGCUAUAUAUGCUGGGACUCCUGGAAGCAAUUACGUUCUGUGCUCUCGGCUGGAUCCUAACCUGUACAUCUAUUCUACAUGCGUGUAUGAACUUAACGACAAAUGAAAUGUUUAACUAUAAAAGGUACCCUUACUUGAGGGACAAAAGGGGUCGCUACCAAAAUCCAUUUUCAAGAGGGCCGAUUAUGAAUUUAAUCGAAUUUUUCGUGUGCCUUCCUGAUAAAUACGACGAACAGGAUUUCUUCUAUGAGGAGAGUAUAUGA